UGCAGCAGCAGAGCCGCUCCUGGCUGCACGCACACGCACGGACGGACUCGCUCCGGCUGUAAACGUGUUUAUCUACAAAGUUUCUCCCUUCAACAGACUAAAUCACACCUGAACGGGAUAGGAGUCGUCCUGCACACCGGGUUGAACAUGUAGAGAUGGAUUUUAUGAGGCUGUUCGGAACUGUUAUCGCCGUGUUCUUUCACCCCGGAUCGGCUUCCAAAAUAAAUGGCCAAAGAAUCUGCCGGCGUGGGACGGAGCGUCCAUGCUACAAGGUGUCCUACAUCCAGGACAGCAAGCGGAGGCUUACCUUCGAGGAUGCCAGGCAGGCCUGCAGGGUGGAUGGAGGGGAGCUGCUCAGCAUUGAGACAGAGAACGAGCAGCGGCUGAUAGAAAGGUUCAUUCAGCAGCUGCAGGCUGGAGAUGGAGACUUCUGGAUCGGGCUCCGCCGCAGCCCACAGCGGUACAGGGCAGGGACCGCCAGCCCAGGUUGUCCUUCACAGUACUACUGGCUGGAUGGAAGCAAGGCCAAGUUCAGGAACUGGCACUGGGACGAGCCGUCAUGUGGCGGGGAGAUGUGUGUGGUUUUGUACCACCAGCCCUCUGCGCCACCUGAUGAAGAAGGUCAUUUCCUGUUCCAGUGGAAUGACGACAACUGCAACUCCAAGAACAACUUUGUUUGCAAAUACCCAGAAGAAAAAAUGCCUGUUUUUACAGGAGAAGGGAAUAUAGCACGCACAGUUCCCUCUCUGAAGCCAAACAUAUUACCAACAACAGAAAUUGAUGAGAGGAUAAAAAUGGCACUGCCUGAGUCAUCAGUUUCUUUCUCAGAUGGCACCUUCCCUGUUUCCUACAUCCUUUAUGCGACUAUCCCUGCUCUGCUGUUGCUGUUGAUUGCGGUUGCGGGGUUCUUCUGCUACAGACAGCAUGCUAAAAGGAGGAAAACUGAGCGAAAAAACCACAUCAGCAGAUCAACACAAUGGAAAGCGACAGCUGCUGCACCUUGCCCCAUACAAGGACCUUACGCCUUCAGUGACAUUACCAAACUGCCUCACACUGCUCUGGGCAGCAGCGUGCCCGCAGUCAUGAUGAAGAAGUACUCGUGUGCCCCUCUCCAUGACCCGCAGUGUGGCGAUUAUGAGAACGUGCCAUGUGUGAACAGAGAGAGCGGCUUUGUGACCAACGACAUCUACGAGACCAGCAGAGCUCAGAGCGGGCGAUGCCACAGUCAGACUGGGUGGGUGGAAAAUGAGAUCUAUGGAUAACACAGCUGAUGGCUAUCUGGUCUCUGCAAGGUUUUGUCGACCUCUCACCAGCCAAAGAUUAAGAGCCGGCUAAAAAGAGGAACGCGCAAAUUGCUCCCUGUGUCUGUCAUCUUUUACACCACGCCGGCUACCGCGGUGGGGCUGGAUUACUGUUGACACGGCUGUGAGGGCCCGGACUUAUUUGUACAGGUUGUCAGAACAAAUAUUAUUCAUCUGUGUGUAUUUCUACAUUCAGAACUGUACGCUUCAAGAGUUUUUUUUUUUUUUAAUCCACUACGAUUUCAUAUUCAGGUUUUGAAAAUUAUUUUAUUUUAGUUGCUAAUUGUUAAUAAAUUGUAUGAAGAAUCAACAACA